AUGAAUAUCCAUGCAAAGUUCAAAACUGACCAUUGCCAUGAAGAAUUCUUCCUUGCAGCGAAAGCUUAUAGAAAGCGAGAGUUUUUACGCCAUUUUGAGAAGAUUAAAUUCAAAGAUCUUGCAAUUGCUCAAUACUUAGAGAAUCAAGUGGGUUUUGAAAAGUGGGCCUGUUCUUUCUUUCCUGGUCAUCGAUAUAAUUUAAUGACUACAGGUAUUGCCGAAAGCUGGAACAAUGUCAUUGCUGAGGCACGUGGGUGGCCAAUUACUUGUCUCAUGGAAUUUAUGAGGCACACUUUACAAAAAUGGUUUUUCGAGCGUCGAACUGCAGCAUCAGCGGCUACAGGUCCUCUUGCCACUGAAGUGGAAGCUGAUUUGCGAAAGUUAGCAGACAAGUCCACUACCUCAUUCCCUUUUCCGUCUAGUCAAUAUGAAAUAAUAGUAUUGGAUGGUGAUCUUGAUGGAGAUGUCGACCUGAGGAGGAAAACAUGUAGUUGUAGAAGAUUUGAUUUGACAGGUCUUCCUUGUGAACACACUCUAGCUGGUGCUUGA